ACCGUCACCAGCUAGAGGCAGUGACUUUUUUGAGUAAGAGAGGCGAAUAUGGUUGGAGCAGAAAAGAGAUCCGAGAUGGUUGGAGUAGAAAAGAGAUCCGAUAUUAUGCAUAAUCUGUUCGGAGAUAAUUCCGAGGAAGAAGAGAUCGAAUCCGAACAUGAAUCCAAUCGUCAGCCUAACUACGCUUCUGAUGAGGCCGAGGGCGGGGUGGAGCCUGAAGGAGAAGGUGAAGCUGAGGUUGAAGUUCACGGAGAGGCUGAAGUUGAGUCUGAAGGGGAACAGGGAGAUGUAGAACUUGAUCCUGGAGAAAGUGAGGGUGAGAGGGAGCAAAGUUCACAGGAGGUUGAUGUUGCUGAUCCACAAGAGGAAAGUGAAACAAGAGAUAGUGAUAGUGAUAAUAAAGAAGAAGAACAUGGGGCUAGAGUAGCCAAAAAGAGGAGACAGGAUGUUGUUGAGAGUGGAUCAGAGAGGUCUGGUGAAAAGCAGUACGAGUCUGAAGAUGAAGAGGUUGAUCAGACUAGGAGUCCAAGUGAGGAGAAGGAAGAGACUCAAGUUGCACAGUCAGACGUAAAUAUUCGUAAUGUUUUUGGAUCUUCGGAUGAUGAAGAUGCAGAAGAAUAUGUUCGGAAUGACGUUGAGCAGGAUGAACAUAGAUCGCCAAUCGAAGAUGAAGAGGGCUCUGAGAAGGAUCUGAGACCCAAUGAUAUGGGGCUUGAUGAUAUGCUCCCUGAAGAGGAUCCUCAAUACGAGUCAGAAGCUGAGCAUGUUGAAGCUAGGUACAGGGAGAAGCCAGUUGGUCCCCCUUUGGAAGUGGAGGUUCCUUUCCGCCCUCCUCCAGGUGACCCCGUUAAGAUGAACAUGAUAAAAGUUUCCAAUAUCAUGGGAAUUGAUCCAAAGCCAUUCGAUGCCAAAACAUUCGUUGAAGAAGACAGAUUCGUGACAGAUGAACCUGGAGCAAAGAAGCGUAUUCGUUUGGAAAAUAAUAUUGUUCGCCAUAGGUUUGUUAAGAGUCGAGAUGGCAAAACAUAUACUGAAAGUAAUGCUCGGUUUGUAAGGUGGUCAGAUGGGAGCUUACAGCUAUUGAUAGGAAACGAAGUUCUUGACAUAACUGAACAAGAUGCAAAACAAGACCAGAAUCACCUCUUUAUCAAACAUGAAAAGGGUAUCCUUCAAUCACAAGGAAGAAUUUUGAAGAAAAUGAGAUUUAUCCCAUCAUCUCUAACGUCAAAUUCCCAUAGGCUUUUGACUGCCCUUGUUGAAUCGAGGCAGAAGAAGGCCUUCAAAGUUAAGAACUGUGUCACUGACAUUGACCCUGAGAGGGAGAAGGAGAAGAGAGAAAAGGCGGAAAGCCAAAACCUCAAGGCUAGUACAAAGCUGAGUCAGGCGAGGGAGAAAAUCAAGCGCAAAUAUUCACUUCCUGUUGAAAGGAGACAACUUUCCACCGGCUACUUGGAAGAUGCUCUUGAUGAGGAUGACGAGACAGACCACUAUGGUUCUCACCGUUCAAACCGUGGCUACGAGGAGGAUCUCGAAGCUGAAGCGCAACGGGAACGCCGGAUUCUGAACGCCAAGAAGAGCCGCAAAGGCAUUCCGGGGAGGUCUUCAAUGACUUCGGCCAGACCGUCAAGACGUCAAAUGGAGUAUUCUGAGAGUGAGAGAGAGGAAUCAGAAUAUGAGACGGAAGAAGAAGAGGAAGAAAAGUCUCCUCCCCGUGGUAGAGGAAAGGAAUCAGAAGAUGAAUAUGAGGAAGAUGCAGAAGAAGAUGAAGAUGAAGGAGGAGGAAAAUCUAACAGAUAUUCAGAUGAAGACGAAGAAGAGGAAGAGGCUGCGGGAGUAAGGGCAGAGAAGGAUCACCGUGGAAGUGGCCGGAAAAGGAAAGGGAUUGAGUCUGACGAGGAGGAGUCUCCGAGGAGAAAAGCUCCGACUCAUCGUCGCAAGGCCGUGAUUGAUGACAGUGACGAAGAUUAAUCAUUUUCGUUAAAUCUUUCACUCUCCUUUUGUCAAUUUGUUAUUAAUGUAGUCUGGAAUUAGACUCGUUUUAAUCAAAAUAAGAACACGAA